AUGAUCCAGAGCAAAGUAAUUAACCCCAUAGCAUCUCAGUCGCAGAGAUGUGAGCAGGCCUCCCCUGUUAGCUCAAAGGAGAAUGGAAAAUUCCCCCAGAAUGCAACUGAGACUGGAUCAUUUGGACAGGCUAAAGGAAACAAAGCCCCUGUUGCUGCUAUGAGUUAUGUUAAUCCUCCUGAAGUGCAACGCAUGGUCAUAGAGCAUGUAGUGAGAAGUGAAGCCCCAGUAUCAUCGAUGAAUGCAUCAUUCAGACUCAGAGUAUUUUCUGGCAGAACUUGCCCCAACCAUGAGGUUGACUUCGACACAUGGCGAAAUAGUGUUGAGCUCAUUCUGAAAGACCCAGCUGUGUCAGAUGUACAGCGCUCAAGAAAGAUACUAGACAGCCUUGUAUCACCAGCAGCUAAUGUUGUGAAACCAUUAGGCCUACAAGCCUUGCCUACAGCUUACCUUGAACUCUUAGACUCAGCAUUCGGAAUAGUAGAAGAUGGUGAUGAGCUUUUUGCUGUGUUCCUCAACACAUUCCAGAACUCAGGAGAGAAGCCUUCUCAGUACCUACACAGGCUACAGACAGUUCUUUCCAGAGCACAGAAAAGAGGCGGAGUAUCUGCAACUGAAGUUGACAAACAUCUUCUGCGCCAGUUCUGUCGUGGAUGUUGGGAAGAUGUGUUGAUAACUGACCUUCAGCUUGAACGUAAGAGAGACAACCCACCUCCAUUCCCUGAAAUGCUGCUGCAGCUGCGUGUUGAAGAAGAUAAACGCAGUGCAAAAGAAAAUCGGAUGAAAAAACAUUUUGGUGCACCAAAACAGAAAGUCAGUGCACAUGUGUUAGCUGUUAACUCUCUUGAAAAUGACAAACCAUUAGAGACUGACAUCACUGAAAUAAGGAAGCAAAUCGCUGAUUUGAAGAGCCAGCUCACUGGAUUAGAGAUGCAGAAAGCAGAGCCAAAGGUGUCAUCUCCAGAUGCUGUUGUCGCCGAGUUACAAAAACAGGUUGCUGAGCUCCGUAGCCAACUCACACACACUAACAGCCAGAAGAUGCCUAAGACUAAGAUCAAUACCACUGCUCUUCUUAUUCCAGUUUCCUCCAUAGCCAAAGCACCUGGACACUUGCAGUCAACAGCAGAUCAAAAGCCUAGUAGCAGACCCAAGCCAUGGUAUUGCUUUCGGUGUGGUGAGGACGGGCAUAUUGCCACUGCUUGUUGUAAUGAGCCAAAUACAGCAUUAGUAGCUGCAAAGAAGACGCAACUAAAAGAGAAACAGUCCCGAUACGACUUCUUCCCAGCCUUUAAACUGAAUUGUGGGACAAAUGAGAGCUGA